GAACGACGGUAUCCCGUUCUCGAGUCGCUAGGGCGCCCGAUAUCUUCGACAUCCAACACUGAAGUUGAGUUGAAGUUGACGUUGUGACAGUAACCAGGAGUCCAGGAACGGGGAACCUUGGCACGGACGCGGUCUCGUGAAACAUUUUUCCGAGCUUGAACCGGCCGCAACAUGUGGCGUCGGAUUUGAUCAACGAACGCCUCGAUAACUCUGCGCUUUGUAUUCAUCCCACGGACAGAGAGAUAUGUGGCGAUAGCAAUAUGGCGUCUCAACCGGGUGAGUCGGCAUGGACCGAAGAAACGGCGAAGAAGUUUGAAUCAAAGCAGCUGAGCAAGUACAUGGAUCCAUGUCAAGAAGCUGCCAACCGCAGUUUAAAAUGCCUGGCGAGGAACGGAGGCGAAAAGGAGAUGUGCAACGACUACUUCCUAGCAUACCGUGACUGCAAGAAGCAGUGGCUUGAGGACAGGAACAAGAACAAGAAGGGCUUUUUCGGAUGAAAGCCGAAAUCAGAGAACAGAUCUGGACCUGGCAAAGGAGAUGAGCUAGGCAAAAUCACACUUCCACAAUUACUUCAAUGU